UCUAGGUGGAAAUCAACAUGAAUCUCAGUUCCUCCAUAUCAGGCAACAAAAUAUCACUGCUGAAGGAAAAUGCUGACCAGCAAGAACAACGUCGACAUAGUGAUAUAAAAGUGCUGGAUCAUCGUCGACAUGCAACCCCCGAAGUUUCGCCAAUUUGUUCGACGGAGAGAAAAUUUUCGCUGGUAACUUCGAGACGUUAUAAGUAGAACUGCUGAUUCGCAUAUCCAGUGAAAUUCAAAAACAAGCAAACAAUAAUUGAACUAUGGAAUCUUUGGUUUACGACCGCAGUGACGCCCAUCUUUUAUAUCAAAGAAACUGGGUGGUGAUAAAGAGACUAUGGCCGUGGAGGACCAUAGCACGUAUUAUAGGUAUUACGUACUCGAGCUCCCAUCAAAUUGAACUAGUGCUUGGGGGUUCCAACCAAGACGGAAUUGAAAAAGCCCCUUUGAAAAGAGCAACGCAAUUUGAGGCAGGUGGCUGCUGCUGAUAAAUAAACGAUCGUAAGGCAACAACAAAUCCUUUCUGAGUAUCCGGACCUUUAGGAAGAAGUUGUUAGAAAGGCCUAUCAGACGGUGGUCAAAGUUGAGAAAGAACAAAUUAGUCGUUUAGUACAUUUGGUGCAGUUGCACUCACAAUUGCCAGGCUGCGAUUUCCAUGCAUCUUAUUUGGGUUGGGACUUCCCAAACGCCGUGGAUACGAGCAGUCGAGCAGUCAGUCAAAGUGACUCACCUACUUCCCCCAGCCGUAUCCUCUCCAUAUUGCUAGCACCCAACCAGUUGUUUUCUCUUCUAUUUGGUACGUGAAGAGCAAAAGAAGAAAAGCAUGAAAGAUAAAAAGGAUAAAUAGCUGAAAGAGGAAAUGCACCGUCUAUGAUACCAGAGGCCUAUUAGCAGCAGUAGUUCUCUAUGUAGGUUAUAAAUUUCGUCUUUACGGGAAAUGGAAUUGGCUCAGUUACUCAGAACUCGCUUGUUGCAACGUCGAGAUGACAGACAAUGCGGAUUAAAAGCUGGGUCCUGAUCGAAUCGUCACACUUUAGAAGGCCUUCCAUCUCGGUGUGCUCUAAAUAGUGAUGCAACAGGCGUGAAAACAGACCAUUAAACCCCCAGAAGGUGAAAUCUUGCAAAAGAAAGAAGAAGAAAUGAAGCUGGAAGCUGCAUUCAGUAAACCUGUUGAAUAACGGAUUUCGGCACAAAGAUUUUGCUGCCAAAACGGGCAAAUGACAAAAUAUGGUUUCAAGCUAGAAAAUUAACGGGCCCAUUAGUUGAUGUCAAAGUAUAUAACGCAAAUAAAGACCACCUGCGUCCGACCAAAUCUUAAAUUUGAGCACCCCAGCCCGACGUCGUUCAAGAUAUCCAUCGCAAGUUCGCAACCCUAAAAAUAAUUCGUCGGCUUGUAUCUACCCAAUGGCCAGAUCUUUGCAAGUUAAAAAACCUAGUUUUAGCAAAAGAAAUUCAACACAUCUCCCGACAUCAUCAGACGAGUUCCCGAUUCCGUCAUCACAAGUCGAUUGACGGGUUAUUUGCUGCGGUUGCUUAGAUGCGUGUGAUUGAAGAAUAUACAAGGAGCUCCCUAACCGGAUAGCCGGCUUAUAUAGCUGCAGGGUGAAACAAAAAUCAAACAAAUGCAGCGAUCGUAUAAGAACGAUAGAAAAGGUUUACGAGAUGUUCAGUCUCAUAGUUCAUUUGUGUCGGGAAACAACAUCACGGAGAAACGCCUCUGGCAAUGGUUUUGUUUUAUUGAAUCAGCCAAUAAUUUUGCGCUCUUUUUCUUCAUUUCCAAUUUUAUCGGGAUGACCGUUCCAGUUUAUUUUGUAACGGCACUGCUUUUGACGUCAUGGAUCUUUCUUGUCAUGCCGACUCAAGCUGCCCCUAAUUAUUUACGGAGCCCUCAGCAAUUGAAGUUUCCCGCUGUACCUAAAGGACUUCUUGAAGGUAGCGAGAAUACAGAUGAACGUGUCGAAAAAACGUCCGCUUCCAGUAAAUCAACUGAAGGCGCCAAAUUCAAAGGAAAAGCGUCGCGACUUACUGAAUCGGUUAUCGGCAUUGGCAUGGAUAGGCUUGUCGAUGUAAUGACAGGGGUCUCCAAUGUUUUAAACUCCAGAUCUAAUAUAGAUCCCGUUGACCAUUUCAUGUCAGUUUUUAACUCACUCUUCCACUCAAAAGGAGGAUAUAAUGUAUAUCAAUAUUACUACAUUGUUUCGAGAGUGGUUAUGUUCGAUAUAUGGGCAAUGAUAUUUCGAAUCUGGGAAGAUCGAUUGAAAAACAGGCAAGUUAACGUCGAGGCCCUACGAGCUCAACAAGAAUCCGAUAGUCCAAUUGAAGAGACGUUGGAAGCUCUGAGUGAAGUCAAUGCUAAGCUGACCCUGGUUAAAGACAGUCUGAAUCGUUUAGUACGUCGUAAAGACAUUCGAAGAAUGGGACUUGCCGCACUGAAACAAGGUUUUGAAAAGAAAACCAUUUACUUACACUCGGGACCUGAUGGGAUGGACGAUGACAGUGAUGAAGAGGAAGAAGAUGAAGACGAGGAACUGGUGGAUGAAGAUGAAACGGAAUACGCGAAUCCCUCACAGGGACAUACUGUUAAUCUCGACAAGACAUGAAUCCUAGUAUUUUAGUCAAUCAGUCAGAAAUUUGGUGAAAGUGAUAUUCCCGAUCAAACAAACUUUUUUUUUUACUACUUACUGCCUUGUGGUUUUGUAAUGAUUUCUUCUUUUUAUAGUAAAACCGCAAAUUAUCUAACGCUAAAUGUUCUUAAAUGCUGUGUUUUCUUUUAUUGAUGUAAAAUUACUAAAAACGCGAAAUAUUUCAUUUAUUUAAGUGUACCAACGACCCACAUUGUCAAUAAGUGAUAACUGUAGACUAUUACAAAUGAUUAUUAAUAUGAAAACGUUGCGACUAGCCGAUACUAAGCCAUUACCUUGACCACAGGGCAUUAACGCCACCCCUGAGGUUCUGCAAAACCUAGUUUCCCGUUUCCCUUAGGGGUUCUAUACAGGUUUUGUUGUAUACGUGAGAAAGACGGAUGAAAGCUCGUUUAUUCCCGACAGAUUGAUGUAAAGCAGUAAAUUUAAACUGCGCGCUUUAAAAAAAUUAUUCGUAAGAUUGGAGAUGAGUAAUUUUCAUAACAUUGCAUAGAUGGCAGCAUUUUCAAAACACUGAACGUGGUCUGCGCGCAAUUCUUCUCAAGCUCAACCAUUGGUUCAUCACAUGUUGCUCAAUGUUUCCACUAUGGAGAUUGUCAAUACGAAUGAAAAGAAAGUUGUAAAUCCUAUGAUUCUAGGCUGCUACAGGCCUAUACCAUCUAGAUUGGAAAAUCAAUCUCAUUCCCUUCAUACCAGCAUGUAAUAAGAAUUCAUAAAUAUAUUUUCUAAGUAUAGUUUUAACAGUGUAACAUAUAGAUGUAGAUCAAAGCAAGAUUCUGUUUUGGGAUUAAGAAAGUGAAUCUAAUAGUGGUGAAAGUGUUCUAACUAUUCCAGUUGGAUUUGAUUUGAAUCUCAGCGUGGAAGAGAAUGAAAAUAAUGUUGAAACAUCCGGUAGGGAGUUGUGCCACCUAAUAUCAAAUCAAAAAUGCUUCUGGAUUUGGGUGUCCUUGACUUGGCACUCUUGAGGACUUAAUCAUCUCUGUUCCAGAAGAAGAAUGCAUACCAAUGGGGGUUGUGCAUAAAAUAAUUGACCCUUUGGUGAUUGUUUCAGCCAAGAAAGGGUGUCCAGCAAUAGAUUUAGAUUCUAAGAUCAUGGCAAAACAUUUUUGGGGCAGGUCUUCGAUGUAUUUGACAGUCAGGUCAGGAAACUGAUUUGUACAUGGUUAGAUUUAAUUCUUUGCAGCAUGCACAUUACUGAACAAGGCAUUCAGGUUGGAAUGGAAUAUGAAAGUAUAUUUUGCCUCGCAGACUCGUCAUACUGCCUUCGUGGAAGGAAGCGACGCUUCAUGGGAUAAUGAUCAAGAGCCACAGGAGGGGUGUUUGGACUAUUCAGACGAUGAACAAGAGCCUCGAGCCAAAGCCGCACAUCGAUUGAAAAAGAAUCUUCGCGGUGAUGCUGAGGAGUGAGGAUGCCUCUGUGAAUCCAUGCAAGAAAGGCAGACAAAAUUCCGUCGCUCGAGGGGUCAAGGGUUACCGGGUUACCCAGCACAUAACCCUCAUCAUAAUUCCAGUUAUUUAAGUGUAGCCCCUAAUGUAAAUCCAAUUGCCGUCGAUAUUUCGACCAUGGAAAAUUUGGCAAUUCACUCGCCAUCUGUUUAACCACAAGCAAUGCCGAUCACUCAAAAUCUUCCUCUCUCCUUGCCUUCUGGUGCAGCAGAAAAUCACAAGGCUCAACCGAAUGAUUAAGAUUCGCUUCUCCAUUACCUCAACCUAAGGAGUAAGGCUGUUGGUUGCUGUGAUUUCCAUUUUUGCGGUUUUUUAUCAUGAAAACUUCAGUGUGCUUCUUAGUAUAGAUCAUGUAAUAGAUCCUCAAGUCAAUGCUGACCUUUGUCCACGAAGGAAGAGGUACAUCCAGCAACGUUCUGCCCCUACCUUAUCUUCCCGACGUACGCUCAUCUAGCUUUUGCUGCUACAACUUGUCUUACUUCACCGACGAGUUGGAACACUUCAGUGGUCGCUACCUCCUUUGCUGUUACACACCUGCAGUUACUCACCACGGGAUUAUGCCCAGGUUAUGCAGAGGAAACGUCGAGAUGAUGGACACCAAAACGUCGC